AUGCAAAAAAGCAAACAAGUCGGACCCUCGGAGGAAAAGGAACUUGAUGCUAAAGUUUACACGAAAUCGCCACACGAGCGUCUUUGGGUUCCCGGUACAUUGUUCAACCAGUCCGGAACGGAAACUGUCGUAGAACUUGGCGGUGGAAAGACGGUCCGUCGACACACGGAUCAUGUACUUUCGCGCCCGGCCGACAGAGUCACUGUUGAAGACGCAAAUGAGAGUUUGGGAAAUCACGAAGAAACAAACAGUGACGCUAAACAAGCCCUGUCCAGUUGUGAUGAACCGAUUGCAGUCCGCAAGCCAAAACCAAUUGACCGUUUCGUUCCCGGGCAAUGA